AUGGUUGAUUUGAGUAGCAGAAUGACGUUAUUCAAUCAAACGGUGGUUGCAUCUCUACUUCAACCGCUUAGCGACAAUCAACAAAGCGAGUGAGUUCAUACAAGAAAUAUUCCGUUGGAUCAGUUAAUGAUUUGAGAGCUUAUCGGACUAAAAUUAAUCUGAAAAUCACAGAGCAACGAAACGACCACUCUGGUGACAAGGUAACCUCCCCUCCUGUUAGAAAAGAACUAAAUUUAUGGUGUGUCAGGAAUUAAAGUUUGAAAUCAGUCGAUCCGAUGAUUUCGAGUUUUUUUAUGCGGACGUUUUGAAUGGCGAGAAGUAUCAAGCAUUAGUGAGAACACUUGGACUUAUUGUAGACUUUGAUGCGUUCCCAAAAACGAUUAUAGAUCAUUUGUUGCACAGAAGUCACUACAAUAAUGAAAGUGAGAUGGAAUCGAAAAAAUUAGGUGAGUUUAUUUAUCAACAAGCUUAACCCCCGCCUGACCUGACCGAGAAAUAUUUAAAAAAUUUAAUAUUAUCGAAAAAUCUCUCGAACAUUUUUUUCGAAAAAAAAAACGUUUCAAAAAUUAUCUUUCAAUGGUACACACUGCAACUGUCGAAACGUGCAAAACAGAGAUCUAUUUUUAUAAGGUGUAGCUAUAACCAGUGUGUGUUCUCCGUUGAUCACAAAUAUGAAAUUUGUUUUUUUUUCAGGCGUCUGUUUUUUCAGGCGCCCCCUUGGUUCAACUCUACGGAUUUUCAAUUCCUUCAUUUCAGGGGAGCCGAUUAGCACGACAAUCCGGGAGCCUGUUGAAAUUAAAAUUACCCUGAAUUCUGAGAAAACCUCGUGCAUGUAAGCUUUCUCUGAUUUUGACUUUUUCGGUUGGUGGAAAACCGUUUUUUUCUAGUUCCCUCCUAUUGUUUCUUGUUUUCAAUGGGGUUUUUGAAAAAACGGUUUCCCAACCGAAUGAGCCCCUAAGACACUAUUUUUGAAGGUUCGAAAUGUUUCGGAGAAACACUCUGACUGACGGUAAAAUGUUCUCACUAAAAUUAUCUGCUGUCCGUGGAGAUCAGUUAAUAUCCCAAUUGCUGAAAAUUUGUUCUGUUCAAGCUGUAAAAAUUGCCAAUCUCAGAGGAAUAGAGGUAUUUGUUCUUAAUGUAAAACUAAUAACGCAGCAAUUUAGGAAAAACUUGCACUCAUGAUGAGCAAAUGUACAGAAAUAGAAAAAGAGAAUACGAGACUUACAGAAAUAGAAAAACAAAUGGAAGCAUGCCAAACUGAAAGAGAAGGACUCGAGAAUGACCUAGAGGUAUACUGAAAACCUCAUUUUGGGUAACCUUAGUUAUUUGUAGAUGGUAAAAGAGGAAAGAGAAAAUAUUCGCCUACUCGUGGAAGAGAAAGACGAAUUGCUAGCUGAUUUUCAAAGGAACCAAGAAAAGUACAAAAGCAUCAACGAAGAAUCCGAAGAGGAAUUGAGGGUUGUUGGAAUAAUGGUAAGAAGUGUAGAUUAAUUUUAUCUCAAUCUGUGUUUAACAGCUAGAAGAAGAGCAAGCGAAAGUGGAUGGGAUGACGAAGAACAGUGCAGUUCAGCAAAAAGAGAUUCAUAGACUGCGGACAGAAAAUUUCACUCUCAUUCGAAAUUUGGCAAAAUUAGAAAGCUUAAUGAAAAGAAAUGAUGAGCGACAGGGACAACAAAGUGUCGAUCUCCGCAAAUUAAAAGAACUCGAAACCGAUUUGAAGCAAAAAGAUUUCAUGGUUACAUCGUUAACAGAAACCAUCUCCCUGUUGAGAAAAGAGUUGGAAGACGAAAAAUUGAAACUUGGCGAGUUGGGAGACAGCUUCGAUAGAAUGCAAAAUGAGAAUGAAAAAAUGAAAGAGAGUAUGUUUCUUUUCAAAAAAGAAUGGAAUGAGCAUUUUUCUAGAACUUGGUCUUUAUCGAAACCAGCGACUGUCCACAUUCAGCCCUGCACAGAUAUCACUUGGCAUACCAGGCAACAUUGGAAAUACGAGAAAUUCGUACCGAAAAGUUCUAGGUCCGGUAGCAUCCUCGAACUCACCUUCUGGAAGUCAUGAACUAGAUAAGGCAAUACAUUUUUGUUAGGCUUUCUUUACAUCAAGUAAAUGUUCCAGGGAUCUCCUCAACAAAACCCUAAUCGUUCUCACUAUCCGUUGACUCCAUACGCGUUGCGGAAUUCGGUGAAAUUUUUGGAAGAAUUGGAUAAAUCGGAAUUACCGUUGACUCGGAAGAUAAACUGA